ACAAAUAAAAAGGAAAGGAAAAGAAGGACGCUAUGAUCUAUUCUGUUUUGAUGAACUACCAAAUGCAAACCAUAAAAUAAAAGAAGACGCCCAUCCACACAUCAACUUGAUCUCAAGCUUUCCACAGCCAAGAAUGUAGGAAGAUAGCUGACAAAUUCUGAAAAGGUGCUACUGCUACUGCUGUACAUCCAAUAUACACAUACGCAAAACUCAAUUGCUAGCCAGUUUUUGAUUGGUGGGCUGUCUUCUAUUUUGAUGGAGUUGAAGGGGGACCUUCAGGUUUUCAUUGAGAGAGCAUGGGCUUUGCAUGAUGGGCUUAAUGAUGACAUCAGAAACAGUAACAGCUCCUUCUGCACUUUCUGUUCUGAAAAUGGUCGUUUCUCUAAUAUUUCACAGACAUCAUUUCAAGAAAAGCAGAGACUGAUUGCCAUUAGAGAUUCAUUAAAGGAUGUUGGGGACGUGCUCAUGCUCUUACAGAAAUUACAAUCUUGGCAACUAAUAGACAGGCAUGCAGCACUCACUCGCUUAGAAGAAAGCAGAGUGAUUCUAAUAGAAAGAGUGAAAGAAUAUACAGGAAGACCUGUUGACGUUGUAAGAGAGCUGAAUUCUUGUUUUAACAAUGGAAACACUGCAUUUGACUGGAGUGUGAAUGGCACAACCAAGAAAAGAGUUGCAGAUUCCAAUAAGGAAAAGAAGAGGAGAAGUGGGUUUAUGAUUUGUGGCAUUAGAAUGUUAGUUGAUCCACGGAAAUGGCAAAAGGCAUUUGUUGUGGCGGCCAAAUUGGCAGUGGUUUCAGUAAGCAUUUCAUCUACAGUUAUGCUUCGUCAUGCCAACAGACAACAAAAUUGCAGUCCAAGAGUUGAACCAAGGAAAGAUACCAUCUCUAGUAGCUCUUUGGAUGUAUUUCAAGGAAGAGGAUGAUUCUUAGUUACAAGCUUACAUUUUCUUUAUAAUAUUUUUAACAUUGAGUAAUCGUUCUUCAAUCCAUUCUCAUUCUCAUUUUCUGAUUUA